GAUGUGCAUUGCAGGUCGAGAAUAUUCUCUUUCAGAGAGACAAUGGAGGGAGAAGAAGGAGCAAACCUAGCGAGAUUUCUCAAAUGGGCGACUGCGCUAGGAAUCUCGGAUUCUCCCAAUUCCACCGGCGCUUCUUCCGCUUGUCUCGGCCUUUCUAUGUGCCUUUCUCAUUUUCCUGAAGCCGGCGGGAGAGGAUUAGCUGCUACGCGCGCUUUAAAGAAAGGGGAAUUGGUACUGAGGGUUCCCAAUGAGGCGUUGAUGACGAGCGAUUGCCUGAUUAGCAGUGAUCAGAAGUUGGCUAAUUCUUUGGGGAAAUUCCAUUUUCUCUCUCCUGCUCAGAUAUUGUGCAUUGCUUUACUAAACGAAGUGAACAAGGGGAGAAGCUCGUGGUGGCAUCCUUACCUAAAGCAGUUGCCUCGAAGUUAUGACUUGCUCACAAGUUUUUCCCAUUUUGAGAUAGAAGCUUUGCAGAUUGAUGAUGCCAUUUGGACUGCAGAAAAGGCUGUUCAUAAAGGUAAAAUGGAGUGGAAACUAAUUACUCCAGUCCUAUCAGAACUUAACUUCAAGCCUCAGUUCACUACCUUUAAUGCUUGGCUAUGGGCUUCUGCAACCAUAUCUUCACGCACUAUGCAUAUAUCCUGGGAUACUGGUGGCUGUUUAUGUCCUGUUGGAGACUUCUUUAAUUAUGCACCUCCUGAUGAAGACCCACAUCAGUUGGGUGAGUCCGAGGCUGAUGAUAUUGACUCAUUUUUACACAUAACCUCUAUCGAUGAAGGAGAUAAAGCAGACAAGUCAACAGAAGAGCUUGUAGAUGUUAAGACAGAUAGGUUAACAGAUGCCGGUUAUGAUGAGGCUCUUGCUAGCUAUUGCUUCCAUGCUAAGAGAAACUAUGAAAGAGGAGAUCAGGUUCUUCUGAGUUACGGGACAUACACAAACUUGGAGCUUCUCGAACAUUAUGGGUUCAUUCUGCAGGAAAACCCAAAUGACAAGGCUUUUAUUUCCUUGGAAAGUGAAAUGUAUUCCCUUUGUUCGUGGCCCAAAGAUUCAUUGUAUAUUUCUCAAGGUGGCAAGCCGUCUUUUGCCCUCCUCUCCACUCUCCGUUUGUGGGCAACUCCUGUUGGCAAGCGACGAUCAGUUAAGCACAUAGCAUACUCAGGGCAACGAAUCUCAGUCGAGAAUGAGGUUGCAGUAAUGGAAUGGACAGCCAAGAGAUGCCAGGUGGUGUUGAGCAGUUGCCUGACCUUAAUAGAUGAAGAUAUGCAAUUGCUGCAUAUCAUCGACAAAAUUCGAGAAUGUAGUGGAGAGGCAGAGACUUCAUCCCUGGCUUUACGUGAUGAGAUUGGUGCCUUCUUGGAGAUGAAUACUGUUACGAGUGGGGAACUGCCUACAAAGACAAUAAGGUCGAUUACAAGGUGGAGGUUGGCUGUUGAGUGGAGAUACAAGUACAAAAGAAUUCUAUCUGAUUGCAUUUCACAUUGUGCCAAGACUUUGGAUAAUCUUUCCGCUCCAUGAAGAAUUUUUUUAUGUUUUCUUCC